AUGAGCAGCCACCAGAGAAGAGAAAGAGAGAGGGAGAGAACACAGACGGGCAAAGGCAGGAGCCAGAACCACGGGGAAAGAUUGAGAGCGGGAGAGAGUCUACAGUUAGAGAUAGAGAGCAAUAAAGUGAGCGAUAGAUAUACAGAGAGGGGGAUUUAGUAGAGCAGCCAUGAUGGAGGCUCAGACUGAAUGUAUUGAACCGCCUCCAUGUGAGCCCCAGCCAUCGGGAAAGAUCAACAAAGCAGCCUUCAAGCUGUUCGGCAAGCGUAAGUCCGGCAGCGGCAUGCCAAGCAUCUUCUCGGUCAGGAACAAAGGGGAAGGAGGCAGCAAGAGCGGUGGCAAGGAACUCGUUAGGAGCCAUACCCAUGAUGGUUUAACGACAGAUGUUUCAGCUGAGUUGGAAGGGCAGAAGAAAGAAGAGUCCAUCAGUGAUCUGCUCCAUAGUGCUCCAGUGGAAGGAAUCUCGGUUGCCCCUGUGCGCAGUGCCAUCACCAAAUCGUUCAGCUUCUUUUCCUUGCUGCGCCGCAAUAGCACUCGUGUUGGGGACGGAGCAACCACAUUGGGGCACAGGGGCCGUGGGCUAAAGGGGCUGUUCAGCAGCAUUCGCUGGCGCCGUAAGCCCCCACCACGGGAUGACUCUUCUGAGAUUCAGGAAGUAGCCAAAGAAGUGAAAGAAGGGGAUCUCAUCCCACGCUCCAGCUCCAACAGUGUCACUUCAGAAGUGAAGGAGAAUGUGUCACUUACACUGGAGCCCUCAGUGCAGGUAUUUGAAGAGUGUCCUCCUGUAGACAAUUCUGGCACCUGGAGUGAAACCUCUUUGCAAGAGUUACAGGAUAGUAAUGGAGAGUGUGAGAAGAGCUCAUCUCCCCUGGUUGAGGAGGAGGCCACAGAGGAGUCUCCAGCUCCCUCACCAAUCAGAGUUCAAACAGGAGGACCUCUCAGGGCCCAACACAGCAGUCCAGCCUGUUUGACCUCCAUACCAGCCACUGCUAUGACCCCUCCACUGGAGCACAGCUUAGUAGACCCACCAUCUGAGCCCUCAGUUGACCGCCUCUGCUCUAUGUUCACUGAUGUGACCUCACUCAAGAGCUUUGAUUCACUAACAGGCUGUGGAGACAUCAUUGCUGACCCAGAGGAGGACUCUGGAAAUGGGGGCAGUGCUAGUAGCAGUGGGACAGGGAGCAGUAGUGGUGGAUGCGGAGGUCGUAGGGUGAUUGGAGCAGCAACUGAGAGAUGCUCCCCCGCUAAACCUCCCCUUCCUCCCCAAGUGACCAGCCUGACAUCCAUCUCUCCCUACAUGUCAUCUCACCAACGAGUGUGUCCACCAGCUAAAAAGCCACAAGGCAGUGGAAUAGUUGCCUAUAUGGGUGGUGGAGAGGAGAUGGCCAGUCCAGAAGGUGUAGAUGAUGCAGACAUGCAAGGGCUUUGGCACAUGCUACCACAGAAGGGGGAGGAUUCCCCAGCUCUAUCCCGUGCUGACCCCAUGCUGCAUCACCCACCAGUUCGGCAGGAGAAGAAAGCACCUCAGGUGAAAGCUCUUGGGCUCAGUAAGAUACCUAUUAGUGGAAUCAGCAAAACAGGGAAGCAGCAGUCCGCCUGUCCUUCCUCUCCUCCAGCUGAUAAAGAGCUCCAGGAUGCCCCACCCAGUGACGAGGGCUACUGGGACUCUCCUACACCUGGACCAGAGGAUGAGGACAGUGGCUUCCCACGGCGGGACGGCUUGCUGAGGGACAGCUGCUCCGGAGACGCACUUUAUGACCUCUACGACCUUGACAGCCCAGGUGCUGCUGGUUCAGAUGAUGAUGACAUGAGUUCACCCACACCUUCCACGGGUGAUCUCAAAAUGAGCCCUCCCUCCCAGAACCCUUUGUCUUCCUCUUCUUCCUCUUUCCGUUCCAUAAAGGGCAGCACCAGUCUUCCUCGAGACUCUAAGAUCCCCAUCAGUGUGAAGCAGACAACGCCAUCUCACUCCUCUAGCCAGGGUGCGCUGUCUUCCUCAGUAAGCCCCACCACGGGCAACCCUCCCACAAAGAACGCUCCAGCACGCACUCGCAUUCCUGUUUCCAAGGUCCCUGUCCGUCGCUCAGGCAACAAGAACAUCAACACAGCGCAAAACAGGAAGUAGAACUCCCAGCCACCUCUAAAAUGCUUCAGACAAUAUAGACCCUUCACUGAGAGCUUUAGGCCAAAUUACUAAUUACACCAGUGGUUCCUAACCCAGAUCCUGGAGUACCACCUGUUCUGCACAUUUCCGAGUUUCUUCUGCACCAUACACACCUGAAAACACUUCAUUGUGACGGGCAGGAGGUAUUUCAGGACCCAGGAUGGGAAAACUCACAGUUUCCACAUCAGCGGGUCACACUGUCCUGUAGGACGCUACAUCUUUACAAAUUUUCCUGUGUUUCUUUUCGCAUCAAUACAAUUAAUAUCUUGUAAUGUGUCACAUUACAUGUGAUGUAAUUAAUACAUAUGUAGACAUAAUUGCAUUCGAAAACAUAUUACAUUUGUAACAAUAAUCUGAGCUUGUUUGAUUUUUUUACCAUGCCUGCCAAUCUGUGAAAAGAUUAUGUCUUUGCCACCCAACAUACAUACUACAGAAAAACGCUGAACCUCAGAAUGUUCUCCUUAAAAAAACAACUCAUCCCAACAUGUCCCUCUGGAGGUCCUCUUCCUCCUGAACCAGCAAGCAAUGGAGUCUUUGGCUCCACUACAUAAAAAACCCUGUGCACUCUGGGAAACACAGCUGUCUCUCUGGGAUUUACAAAAACAGAGUCAAAAUGAGAAACCCUGCAGGAUAAAGCAAGGCCGAGGACUUCAAAUACUCCGAACCAAGCUUCACAGAAUCUUUACUCCUCAAUCAGGAUCAGGGAACACAAUCUUCUCUUUUCUUACCGCUUGAGACGACUUCCUAUGAAAAACAGAUGACUUCUUAAGAAAACAUCUUUUUUAUACCGAGUUCUUGCUCACAUUUUUCUUACUCUUUUUUUACAAGACAGGCCUCACUGUGGACAUGUAGACUGCUUGUUUUUAUCUCUGCUGGACAACAAAAAGAAGAUGCAAAAAAAAAAAAAAAGCAGGGUCAGGAGUGCCCCGUGCUUCCACUGACUUCCACAGCACUCACUGAUCUACAGAGGUGAAUGUAGCAUGCCAUCACUCUACACACACACACACAGCACACAAGUCUGUACGCUCCGUGAAAGAGAGCAAGAGAACGAGAGAAGCUAGAGAAGCAAGUCUGGGUCAAAAGUCAGCUGUCUUCCACCCUUGCAGCCAUUCUCGGAGAGACUGUAGUCUCCCCUCCUUCUCUGGACACAGACUGACCCUGCUUUUGAAAUAGCCAGAGGGUCCAAACGAUCGGGAGCACAUAAGGUUAUGCUUCAAACACUGUCAGUGCUGGAUGGUUUAUUUUUCUCCUGGUAAUUUUUUAAAUCUGUCUCUCCGCUCUACACACUGUAUCCUUGUUUGAGUUGUAACAAUGCUCCUCUAGGAAGGAACGACUGUAUUCUUCCUCUUGUUCCCUUCUUUUUUUGCUGUUUUUCCUCUUUCUGUUCCACUAAUUUAUGAAUAAAACCCCGCUGUGAGUAUGCCAAGGUGGUGGCUCCAGA